AUGAACUUCGUGUUGGAGGAACUAUUACUUUUUAAAAUUAGAUUUGUAAACUUGAACAGAAGCAGAAACCAGCCAUUUAUUUUCUGGUGUCAACGGGAGAGCUGCUCUGAGACUGAGGGGGAACUCCAUCCAACAGCAUGGAAGCACAAACCAGAGCUGAAGGAUUCACUUGUUGAUAUGUACAAAGCUAAUCCUAAAGUCAAUGAGGAGCUGAAACAAAGGCUGCCGUCCCCUGUAAAGCACCAUUGUUCAGAGACCACACCACAACCUGGGUUCAGUAGUCAGAGGUCUACUCCAUCUAUUUCUCAAAGUACAUCAGAAACAGAGACUGCUGAGAAUAUUUUAAAAGGACAGAAUUUGUCUCUACCACCGCCCCCACCGCCUCCACCCCCAGACAGAAGCAUGGAGGAGGGGAUGCUGACACCCCAAAGAGUCCCCACAGGACAGGGACAGGAUGGAAAAGAGCUGGACAGCAGGGCUCCCCAUACACCUGAUCACUGUAGUACGUCUGAGCCAGCAGUGUCCAGAGGAAACACAGAUGAAGACCAUGGGAGUUUCAAAGUUAACCAAGAAACCAGAAAGCAAGUCCCAUUUGUGGAUGAAGAGAAGAAUAUUGCAUUUCUUUUAAAGGAGCUGGAUUGCCUAAGAGACCUCAAUAACAAACUGCAGGAUAAGCUGAUGCUGAAAGAAAAGGAGCUGGAGACUAUUCGAUUGGACAGUCAGCUUCAGGACGAGAAAUUUGAGGCCCAUGCAUGUGAAAGAGCUGCAGCCCUGGUGGAGGAGAUUUAUAAAGCUCAAAGGGAAAGGGACCAGGCUGUGAUGGCCAGACUAAGGCUAGCUAAUGAAGAGAGGGAUGAAGCUCUUCUGCGUGCCAAGAAGCUUCAAGAGGCCGCACUGGAGCUAGAGAAUAUUAACCCAGAGGAAACUGACACGGAUUUGGAGGCGUUGCUAAACAAGGUGAGCAAUGCAGAAUCGGCCUUGAGUGUGGAGCGUAAUGGCAUGGCCAUCAUGGAACUCAUUCAGAGGGCUAGAGAGCGCCGCUCCAGGAUCAUCUCUGAGGAGAUGAAAGUUGUCAUAAACGAGAGAGACAAUGCUUUAACCCGGUGCAGGCGCCUAGAACAAGAGCUACUGGUCCAGACCAGCUGCACCUGUCAUUUAUCCACACCAAGCGGUCAGGAACGGGUGUGCAAGGAAGAGUUGGAUGGUGUGCAGAAAGAGAGGGAUUUUGCUGUGGAGCACAGUCACAAACUGGAAGAUAAGAUGCCGUCCCUGCACAGGUUCCACAGUGCACAGCAAAACCAGGCAGAUAAGUCUUACAUAAAAGAGACGUCCAUCUCAUCUUCUUCCACCUGUGUUAAAGACAUUACCACAGCCCCAAACCAGAGUCUGCACAGCCGUGUGCAACAACUAACCUCAGAGCUGCAGACCACUCAGAAUCAACUUCGUCUGGCCCUGGAGUCUGAAUCAGAGGCUCGUGAAAAGAUGCAGAAAUUAGAACGGCUGGUUGAAGUCCUAAGAAAGAAGGUUGGUACAGGCAAUGUACGUACUGUCAUUUGACUGGCCGAUGGGUGACCGGAGCAGACGGCCACAUCUGGUGACCAGGCUGCUGUGUUUAACUCUGAGCAAACAUCUGAAGCCCGGCCUCAGCAAAUAAGUGCUGCCUUCUUUCUCACCCUCAGCCCUGUAUUGCCUUCUCAUGACCCCCCCAACCACCACCAUCACCACCACCACUUCUGACUGCUACACUCUUACGCUGAUACUGGCAUAAAUAUUGAUACACCUACAAUAGGAAAUUAACAAACUUCCCUUGCAGUAUUAUAUCUUUAUUUUGAUGUAUUGAUCUGAUAUUUGUACAAUGUGACAAUAAACACCCUUUUACAAUUUUUAAAA